CCGUACAAAAGUAAUAUGAUCAAUAUGUCAACAGACUUGGGUGACGUCUACUCAAACUCAUGUACAUUUGCAAUUUUGUCAUAAUCCGCUGUUAUCCGACAGAGGGAGCUCGAAUGACGUGUCACUCGGGUACAGUCUGCCCCAGCACCUGACAGCUUCCUUCCAUUGACAGGGGCAGCCCUCUGUACCGUCUUCAUCUGUUUGAGAACUUGAAUGGCAGUUUUGUGAGGGACAACGUGCAUCUAGCUUGUUUAAAGGGAUUAAUCUUCUAAAUCCUCAAUUGUCUUCUGUACCCAAAAAUCCAUUAAUUAUUGGUCCAGAGCCACAUAGGCAACACGUUUUUUUUCAUGCAUACAAUAUCCUACACAUGCCAGUAAUAACCACACGCCAUGCCCAUAGAGACGUUUUUGGCAGGGAAUACAGAGGAGUGGAUGUUGUCAAUGUUGUUUAGACUGGUUUCUCUGUGAAUCGAGAAGACAUUUGAUGGUUUACUGACAUGUUUCCUUAUCCUACCUGGCUUUGAAGGUUAGUGUGUAGGCUUAAAUUCUCAUUAAAGGCCCUGGUGGUGGCUCCCUAAAAGAAGGGCCCUGGAGGCUUCUUUGUUGUUUGACAAAGAUCUCUAUUGGGCAAAGACUGUCAAAGAGAGAGAGCCUGACCUAACUUGGCUAAUUGUUUCGUCCAUUUGCCGGCAUUUUGGAUGAGAGCAUUAAAAAACAUUAGUCGAGGGAUUAAUCUUAAAAUGAUUAUUCAACAAAUGAUUUAUUUACAGACUUAAAACAUUUGCUAAAGAGAAGUGUAUUGAUUAUACAAGAAAGUCCGACUGGUGGUGGUGUGGGUAAACGGGGAUGCCGCUGGAGAGUUUUGCUCAUUGUUAGCCAGGAAAGCUAGUUCUUCCCUGCAGCCUUCCCUUUCCCUCUGACAGAUGUUGGGCAUCAGUGAGCAUGCUCAGCACUGAGUUGAUCUCUGCUGCUCCUGCUGUAUAGAGGGGGUACUGAUUAGAGCAGACAACCUGGCCUCUUUGGCCUUCACAGGAACGACCCACUCUUAUGGCGUCAGCUCAGCUCCUUGAAGGCACGGCCUCUGUUGCUGACAGACAAAGCCCACAGGUCUGGCCAAAGGCAGAGUGGUUAAAGGGGAGGCCAUGGAGGAUGGGAUGGAGUCACCUGGGGACCGAGCGGAGGAGGGAGAUGCAUCAAGAGACGAGGAGGUAGCUGCCAGACUGCAGUCCAGUCCCAGAGCAGAGGCGGAGCUAAAUGGGACCUAUGAGAGUGCAGAGUUGGGGAACAGACACAAGAACCCCACCCCCCUGGUCUCCCAGGCCAACGGGUCACAGGCGGCUACAGAGAAUGGGAUGAUGGAAACGGACCUGCCUCACGGCUCCACCACCGGUAGUAACGGAUACAUCCUCAGCAAGCAGCAGGAGGGGGGGUCUUCGACGGCUGCCCCACACAGGACUAGCUGGUUGCCCUCAGGCACCACCAUGAUUGGACACGCUGCCAAAACUUUCCCGUCUUUGGCAGCCGGGUGCGACCACAGUCUGGGUGCAAUAAGGACUGAUACCCAGGAUGCCGGGUCCUCGUCGGGACAGGGGACCUCAGACGCAGAGACUAAAAACGGCACGUCCCCUAACGACUCCCCCGCCCCUUCCCCGCAGUCCAUCGCCAUACACCGAGCACGCAAAACCAUGUCCAUGCCAGCAUCCAACCAGACACUAAAGCUUCUAAACAGGAAAUUAACAGAACCAAACGGUGCAGACGAGGAGAGUCAGAAUGGACCGGAGGAGGAGAAGUCCCAGCAGACGUCCCCCUCCCAGAACCAGUUACCUCCGAGCCAAAGCGUCGUGCCGGCUGCAGCAACGGCCAAGUCCCAGACAGCAUCGAGGAAGAAGAAACGGAAGAUGGGAACAUACAGUCUGGUCCCCAGGAAGAAAACGAAAGUGCUGAGGCAGGGGACGGUGCUGCAGAUGUUUAGUCAACUUCAAUCAACUCAAAGUGCACAGUCUAAAGAGGUAUCACACGUGAACGGGGAAAGGGUGGAGAACGAGUCAGAGGAGGAAGGGUGGGAGGAUGGAGAGGAGUGGGAGGAAGAGGUGGCGCAGGGUGGAGAGGAAGGUGUCCCCACAGCCCUGGAGAAGAGGCAAACAUCAGGCCCUGCCCUUCAGGGGGAGCUGGGAGAGGAGCCGGACUCUGAGGAAUCAGCUGAGGAGGAAGGUGAAGAAGAGGGGAACGAGUCAGACUUGAGCUCGGAAUCCAGCGUGAAGAAGAGGUUGAAAAAGAAAUCAAAGGGAGACUACUUCUUGCUCCGGCCAUCCAGGAAACGGAAUAGGAAGCCCAAGACUGAGGGACUCCCUGGCACAGGGCCCCAGGGCCAGGCAGGCCUGAGUAAGGACUACACAGAGGUUCCCCUCCACUCACUCAACCUUAAAGCCAAGGAAAUGCUGCUCUCCCCACAGCACACAGGAGUUACUGGGGGUGUGGAGGAAGACAUGGUGCAGGAGCUACCCCUCUGCAGCUGUCGCAUGGAGACACCCAAGAGCCGGGAGAUCCUCACACUGGCCGACAGGAAAUGCAUGGCCACGGAGAGCUUUGACCGACAGCUAAGCAGAUGUCAGAGUGCGGUUCUAAAGCAUGAGAUGAUGCGUCCUUCGAACUCGGUGCAGCUGCUGGUGCUCUGUGAGGACCACCGGGCCGGCAUGGUCAAACACCAGUGCUGCCCCGGCUGUGGCUUCUUCUGCAGGGCUGGGACCUUCAUGGAGUGCCAAUUGGAUGUCAACAUCUCCCACCGUUUCCACCGGGCCUGUGCCUCGGUGCUGAAGGGCCAAACCUUCUGUCCACACUGUGGAGAGGAGGCCAGCAAGGCCAAGGAGGUCACCAUUGCCAAGGCCGACACCACCUCCACCAUGCCCGCCACACAUGCUGCACACGGCCCUGCCACCCCCGGGGCUACAGAGGGCAGGGCAGACACCACCACUGGGGGUCUAUCCUGUUUCUCUGUGGGAGGUGAUAUAAGUGGCCGAGCAGACAGCUCUCUCUCCAUCCCCCCUGGGCACACACUGGACACCUCCUUCCCUGGGGGUUCCAGAACCGGAGUACUGCCUCCUGCGGUGGGGAUUGGGAUGGGCAUAGGAGUGGGCACCACCCCUAAAGAGACCUUGGAGAGCAUCCUGCUGGCACUGGACACAGAGAAACCCAAGAAGCUGCGGUUUCACCCCAAGCAGCUGUUCAUCUCUGCCAAACAGGGCGAGCUACAGAAGGUCCUUCUCAUGCUGGCGGAUGGGAUGGACCCUAACUUUAAGAUGGAGAGCCAGAGCAGACGCACCCCCCUCCAUGUAGCAGCUGCGGCAGGCCACCAGGAGAUCUGUCACCUGCUGGUUCAGUCUGGUGCUAACCUGGACAUCUGUGAUGGGGACCAGCGCACACCCCUGAUGGAGGCCUGUGAGAACAACCACCUGGAGACAGUCCGCUACCUACUGAGUGCAGGAGCCAUCGCCAGCCACAAGGAUGUGGAGGGGUUCACGUGUCUCCACCUAGCUGCUAAGAUUGGCCAUUACAACAUCGUGGAGCAUCUCCUCUCCACAGGACUCAUAGACAUCAACUGUCAGGACGAUGGUGGUUGGACAGCCAUGAUCUGGGCAACGGAGUAUAAGCACCUAAACCAGGUGGAGCUGCUUCUCAUUAAAGGGGCUGACAUCAACAUCAGAGACAAGGAGGAGAACAUCUGUCUCCACUGGGCUGCGUUCUCUGGCAGUGUGGAGAUUGCUGAGCUCCUCCUAGAGGCCAAGUGUGAUCUCCACGCUGUCAACAUCCAUGGAGACUCCCCUCUGCACAUCGCCGCGCGGGAGAACAGGCUUGAAUGUGUCACACUCUUGCUGUCUCGUGGGGUGGAUGUCAACUUGAAGAACCGCGAGGGGGAGACCCCGCCGGACUGCUGCAGCCGCAGCUCCAGGGUGUGGCUCACCCUUCAAACAAACAGGAGGAUUAGGGAGGCCAGGAGCAGCAACAAGGGGGAGAAGGUCCUCAACAGAGACAUAGCCCGGGGGUAUGAGAGAGUUCCAGUCCCCUGUGUCAACUCGGUGGAUAGUGAGCCCUGUCCGGACAACUAUAAAUACGUGCCAGACAACUGUGUCACCUCCCCCAUGAACAUAGACAAGAACAUCACACACUUACAGUACUGUGUGUGUAAAGACAACUGCUCCUCAAGCAGCUGCAUGUGUGGCCAGCUCAGCCUACGCUGUUGGUAUGACAAGAAUGGUCGUCUGCUCCCUGAGUUCUAUUGUGAGGAACCACCCCUUAUCUUCGAGUGUAACCACGCCUGCUCCUGCUGGAGAACCUGCAAGAACCGUGUGGUCCAGAACGGACUGAGGGUCCGGCUCCAGCUGUUCCGGACCAGUCGGAUGGGCUGGGGGGUCCGGACACUGCAAGAAAUUCCUCAGGGGACCUUUGUGUGCGAGUGGGUCCGGGCCCCACUUCUUGUCCACAGGUACGUGGGGGAGAUCAUCUCUGAUGCAGAGGCAGAUGUCAGGGAAAACGACUCCUAUCUGUUCAACCUGGAUAGCAAGGUGGGUGACGUGUACUGCAUAGAUGCCCGUUUCUAUGGCAACAUCAGCCGGUUCAUCAACCACAUGUGCGAGCCGAACCUAUUCUCCUGCCGGGUGUUCACGGCACACCAGGACCUGCGCUUCCCCCAUAUCGCCUUCUUCGCCUGCGAGACCAUCAAGGCUGGGGAAGAGCUAGGGUUUGACUACGGUGACAAUUUCUGGGAAAUCAAGGGAAAGCACUUUAGCUGUGAGUGCGGCUCUCCCAAGUGCAAGCACUCUGCAGCGACCAUCGCCCUGCGCCAGGCAGACAGCUCACCCCUGGACCAGCAGUCCAGCGCCCUCCCUGACACCAGCUCCUCCACCACCCCUUUCUGAGCCUCCUCUGACACUCUCACAAAAAGGACUUCCAAACCAGUGGAGAUAUGUCUCCGUUCCCCCAAAGAGCAACCUCCACCCCUAGGCCGUACGUCCCCAGACGCCCCACCUCCAUCCCCAGUUGAAUCAUCACCUUCAGGCCUGUGGAGCCCAUCACUAAGACCUAAAAUCAACCCCACAGAAACCCACCUGCUUCAUGUUUCAACCAGCUCUAACAUCACCUCCUUACCAGCACAAACUCUGAACUUCUGCUAAAACUCACCCUCAGUGCAGGACAUAUUGGACAGGAAGCCAGUCUGUUGACGUGUGUCCGAUGCACUAUGAACAACUUUUAUGAGAAGAAAAAAAACACUACUAUGAGCCUGGCUCUUGUUUUUGUUUCCCAUUUGUCAUUCUCAAACCGGCUUUGUGCUCAGUUCUGGGUAAUGGUGUUUCCUGGCCCUUGGUCUGAAUUAAGUUUGUACUAAGCAACAAUGUAUAUCUAUCCAUGAAAAAUAUUUCCACUGUGCGAAAGGCAUUUGUAGCAUAGGAGUGCCCUUACCCUCUCACAUGAUACCAUAGAAAUGAGAAAUGUUCAUGCACAAUUUGAGACGUUUGAUGUAUUUACCUCAUGCUAUAGUUUGAUUGCAAAGGGGACAGAGGACUUCAGUCACAAUCAUGUAUGUUUCUACUGGGCUUCUUCUCUUGAGCAUUUCUACAGGAAAAUAAUUGUCAGUGCUGGAUAUCAAUUAUGAAAACAAAAAAUACUUUUGAAUUCACUUUAUAUUCAAAUCUAAUUUGAAAUCUAAUAUUAUAUUCUGUUACAUUUAGUCAAGUGUAUUGUAUGCAGAAUCAGGUUAUGGAAAGGAAAGACCUUUUGAUAAUGAUCAUGAGUACAACAUUUGAAGUCAAUGAGAAUACUAACCAAUCAUCUCACUGUUCUGUUUCGAGGGGUGAAGUAAUGUUGAUACUGACCAGUAAAGGCAGGUGCAAUCUGUUUUGACCAAAGGAGUGGCAGAUUCUGUCAGUUCUGGCAUGAAUUCCUCUUCAACACACUGGUCCUUUUCUAUUAAAUACUUUUCUUCUGGAAAUGGUAUGUGCAUAUAUGAAAGGUGGUGUGACAUCAAAUUGCCCAACUGUAAUGGUGUCAAGAUUGCAAAAGGGUUGAGGUGGGAGUUGACUAAGCUGUACAGUUAUGUACUAUACUGUACCUACAAAAUUAAAGCGGGUGGAUUUUUAUUUUUUAUCUGCAAGAUUUUUAAGCAUGUUUAAGGCUGACACCUUGAAUAAUACGUUUUUAAAUACAUUUUCCACUCCUGGAGGGACUGCAUUGGGGUUGACUGUUAAUGGGGUGAGAUGCAAGCAAAUUCUGCUGCCAAUGUUUUCUUUUCCUUUUGUUGAUUUUGCAUUGUAAAAUUAAGCCAAUUUUUCUUUUUACAUUUUAACUUCAGUUUUGUAUCUGUAGUUACUGUAGUUUAGCCUGUUUCAAUUUUGUUACACCAUUUCAUGUUGAUGGAAACCUACACAUUAUUCCUAUGUAUUUAAUGUGGUUAGUAUAGUAGUGACUCUUGUGCACAUUUUCAAAGGUAUGAAUAUAAAAAGGUUAUACAAAAUUAUCUACUUUCUGUUACAUAUUUCUGGACCGUGCAACAUCCAUCUAAUUGGUUGUAUCUUUCUUUUUCAAUAAAUUUACUACUAAUGGA